AUGGAAAGACGUGACCAUAGCCCCACUCGAAUCAGCACGUAUGGUCUAGCGUGCAUGCAAUGUUUCAAGGCAAAGUGUCGAUGUGUGCCGCGGCCGAAUGCGCCUUGCGAGAGAUGUCUCCGUCUCAAAAAGGAUUGUCAACCGUCGCAGUCAGCUCGAAGACGAAAUGCUCAAAAAUCGCAGGGCCAAGAAUCCAAUGCACGAAUCGCGCAGCUGGAGGGCAAAGUUGACACAUUGAUGUCUGUAUUGCAAGCUACCGUUGCCUCGUCUGGGACUCCAAUAGAUUUAGAUCGAGUACUCAAUGCUGAGCAAAAUAUAUCGACAUCUACAACAUCUGGGUCGAGCCACUCCACCGGCUCCAACUCUAAUGCCAGUGGAAGUCAAGGCCUAACACCCACAACGGAACUAUUCUCAACAACGCCAAUACAUCAGGAUCUUUCUUCAGAGAUAUCGCUCCUCCAAGCCGAGGAAUCUCUAUCCUUCUUCUGUACUCGAAUGCUCCCCCAUUUCCCUUUCUUCCACCUACCUCCCAACCAAACGGCCUGGCAACUGCGCGUCGACCGCCCUAUCCUCUUCCAAGCCAUUCUAACAGUCACAACGCUCUCAACCCACCGAAAACUGCAGAGAGCCGAACACUUCAAACGUCUCAUUUUUGGCUCGGCUCUCAUGGAGGCACAAUCAAAUAUCGAUUUGUUGCUCGGUAUACUAACAUACAUAGCAUGGAGCACAGAUGCCUUCCUGGGACGCGCAAAUCUGCUUUCGAGAAUGAUGAUGCUUGCGAUUUCGCUAGUGUAUGAUUUGAGAUUUUUUAAACCUUCGAGUCCGGAUGUGCAGUUGAUUGUUAAGCUUACGCAGGGGUAUUCGGAGGCUGAGUUGGAGGGCGACGCGGUUGUUGGAGGAAGGGGGACGCUCCAAGGGUUUUUGGAGCAGCAGAGAGCUGUUUUGGCUUGUUUUGUGUUGAGUUCUAAUAUUUCAUCGCAUUUUUGGCGCAUAGAUGCUUUGCGAUGGACGCCUCAGAUGGAAGAAGCGUUGCGAGUUCUGGAGAGGAACAAGCCGUACCUCCCCACAGACGAAGCGUUUAUAUUUCAAGUGCGCUUGCAGCUGUUGACGCAAAGGGCGGCUCAUAUCAGAGAGCAGCAUGAAGCGGAUUGUGCUCGUGCAGCAGCCACGCCGGUUCCAGCAUUUCUAUAUCUUAAAUCCCUGCAGAAGCAAUUGCAGGAUUUCAAAGAUGCGCUUUCUCCAGAGCUUCGGAACAAAAAUAUCCUAAUUGCGUACGGACAAUACGUGGAGUUGUACAUCGACCAAGCAUCUCGCACACUCAACCCCGAUGCCUCGCCGUCCAAUACCUUAAGCGGACAAACCAUCGACACUAGCACGCAAUUACCCGGCUACGAACGCAUAGACUCACUCUGGAAAUCCGUCGAAUGCAUCAGGGUAUGGCUCGACGCCUUUUACCGAAUCCCCCCCUCAGAUUGUAUAGGCCUCCCAUUCCAUUUCUGGUCUCAAGUAAUCCGCUGCACCGCAAUCCUCAAAUAUCUCUCAACUCUCGAAGACCCAGCUUGGGACUGCCACGCAGUACGAAAAACCGUCAACAUCGUUUCAGUCCUGCAAUGGAUGCCCGAGAAGCUCGAUAUGACUAGUAAAGAAGCUGGGCUGCAGUCUGAUGAUGAUUUGUUCAAGUUGCUAUCAAAGCUCCUAACAAGAUCGAGAGAGUGGGUUGCAGCUAAAUGGAAUAUUUCAUCUGAGCGCCAUGAGAAUGAUGAUGUUCAGGUUGUAGUUGAUCGUCCAUCUACGCAAGGAAGAAGUUCUGAGUUUGAGGCGUUGACGAGUGGUGGGAAUGUUGAUGGUAUUCCGGAUUUGGAUGGGAUUCCAUGGAUACAAUCAAUGGAUUUGGAGAGUGAUAAGUGGUUUGAGGAGGUAUUGGGAUGGUCGCCGGUUAAUUAUUAG